AUGCUCCAUUCCUGUUAUAGCAUUUCCUUUCUCCCUCUAUUUGUAGCUGCUGUUGAUGCGUGCUUGUCUCAGGGACUGAAGCGAAGGGCAGUGGGACUCUUCAAGGGAAACAACACUACCUUCUCACUCCUUAAACAGCUAUCCAAGAACUAUCCACCCGCUCAAGAAGUCCUCCAGAAGGUCCAUGAAAUUGAACUCCGAUUGGAGGCCAACAAGAAACACAGUAAUGGUGACAGUCCAAGUAACCACACACCCCAGCAGAACAUCAGGACAGCGCUGCAGCAGAAACAUCUCUGGAUCAGGGUUGCCCUCUUUGAAAAAUAUCUUGCCAAAAUUUGUGAGAAUGUCUCGCAGAAUGGGAGUAAAUACUUUGACAAAGAUAGUCUUAUGUCAGACCCUGUUGAUGGUCCUAUACUCGCAUCCCUACUUGUUGGUCCAUGCGCCCUGGACUACUCCAAGAUGAAGACGGCCGAUCAUUACUGGACGGACCCUCCUGCAGACGAGCUAGUCCAGAGACAUCGAAUACACAGCGCUGGACCAGGGGUAACCUCUGGCAGUAAUUCACCAAGAAGACCGGGUCUACAGGUCAAGAAAACAGCUACGGGUACAACACCAGAAGAGCACUGCAGAACACCAGUCUCGGCUAGGGACUACGUGGAAUCAUUACAUCAGAAUUCAAGGAGUACACUGCUCUAUGGCAAGAACAACGUCUUAGUACAACCGAAAGAAGAUAUUGCACUGAUCCCUGGCUAUUUAUCGUUACAUCAGACCGCCCUCCACCUCACCAUCAAGUGGACACCUAACCAGCUUAUGAAUGGAGGAGGAGUGGAAGAGACGGAGACAGAGAGCGAAAAAAGGCAUUUUGAUUCUCUCGUCAUGAGAUUAAGGAAUGGAAGAAGAAAAAUUAUCUAUUGGGAUUACGCUGUCACAGUAAAUGUAGAAGACAUAGUUUAUCUUCAUUGUCAUCAACAACCGGAUAGUGGGGGUACCCUGGUCUUGGUGGGGCAGGAUGGAGUCCAGUAUCCACCCAUCCACUUCCCCAAGGGGGGCCACCUCCUUGCGUUCCUCACCUGUCUCGAGAAUGGUCUCCUACCCCGCGGUCAGCUGGACCCCCCUCUCUGGUCCCAGAGGGGCAAGGGCAAGGUCCUUCCCAAGCUGCGGAGGAAGAGCUCCAAGAGCUCGGGAUUGGGCGUCGCCUCCUCCCAGGACGGCACCCAGAUCUUCGAAGGGGACGAAGCCACGGACUACGUCUUCAGAAUCAUCACAAGCUUCAGGCCUGAAUUCAUUCCUGAGGAAGCAAGCAUCCUGCCGAUCCGCAACGGAGGCAGCAGGCACCACCACACGGCGUUCCCCUGGACGGCCCGGGAUAUGGGCCCCCGGCACGCCCUGAUCCGGCAGCAGGAGGUGGCGCAGAGUCCCACCGGCUCCUCCCCGUCCCCUGUCCAGCUUCCCCCUGCCAUCCCGUACUCCCCGGUCUCGCCCACCUCGGCUGAGCUGGCAGCCAUUACCAGCAGGUGGGACCAGUAUCAAGGAUCAUCGAUCAGAAUUCUUUGUGAUACAAUGAGAAGACAGAUUAUAUCAAGAGCAUUCUAUGGCUGGUUGGCCCAUUGCAGACACCUUCGUACCGUCCGAACCCAUUUAUCCGGCUUGGUUCAUCCAGUCAUUAUGACCAAGGAGAUGACAGAAGAAGCCUCGUUGGGACUGACCUGUGAGAAGUGGGCGGAGCUCUUCAACUCGGAGGAGGAUAUCGAUGAGGCGGAAGUGAUGAGGUUAAUUUAUUUUGGUGGUAUGGACCAUGAGAUUAGGAGAGAGGUCUGGCCCUACCUACUGGGUCACUACAAGUUAAACUCAACGGAAGAGGAGCGUGGCGGCGUCGAUGAGGGCGUCAGGCUGAAUUACGAGCAGAUCUUGGCAGAGUGGAUGGCUGUUGAAGCUAUCAUUAGACAGAGGGAUAAAGAUAACCAGCAGGCUAAACUGUCAUCGGAAAAUAGUUCAGAGGGGCAGAUACCACUCACGGGCCAUGAUCCUAGCUUGGACAGCGAGGUGUUCGAGAUCGACGACGACAACGACGAGUACGUUGAGAGCGGGGAGGUGAUCCAGGAGGUAGACCAGGCUGAUCUCACCAAAGAACAACAGGACUUUGUUCAGAAGGAAGACUAUGUGGUCCUAAGUCGAUGUAGGAGUCCACGCCAAGACACAUUAGAGACCGAGACUGGGCGGAGCCUCGGCAGUGAGGUCAGCGGAGACGUGCCAUGCGAGGUCAUCGCCAGCGGUAAGAUGUCACCGCCGGGUAGCGACGAAGGCUUUGGGGACGCAUCCAGUAUCACAGACAGUACUAGCAGACAUAGCUCAAGAUUGGCAUCAUCGUCAUACUCGUAUGACUCGAGAGAGGUCAUCCACGAAGGUCACAACGGUGAUAUCUGCAGCGAUGCGGAAGACAUCGACGCCCUCAAGAAAGCCCACUUUCACGAAGCCGACGAGGAGGGGAGUGGCCCGGAGGUCAUCGCCACGAACGGAGGCGGGAAGGCCAUCACCGUCGAGCUCGUCAACGGCAAGUCCCACGAGAAGGAGGAUGAAGAGGCAGGAGAGGACGAAAAGGAGGAAGAGGAAGAUGAGGAUGAGGGAGAUGCAACGAUCUGCUCCAGUCGGAGUAGCGCGGAUCCAGUCCUGGAGAUGAAGGGUCUGAACAUCCCGGAGGCUUCAAGUCAUCUGAUGGCCGAUAUGGCAACCGCCUCACCUGCAUCAUCUAAUGGAGGAGUCUAUUCGAAUGAGCUGCUGGACUCCUUCAGUCUCAACCUCCAUCGCAUCGACAAAGACGUCCAACGCUGCGACCGCAAUUACCACUACUUUACCUCAUCCAACCUGGAGAAGCUGCGAAACGUCAUGUGCACCUACGUCUGGGAGCAUCUAGAUGUUGGUUAUGUGCAAGGGAUGUGUGACCUUGUGGCCCCCCUCCUUGUUAUUCUUGAUGAUGAGGCCAAGUCAUACAGCUGUUUCUGUGAGCUGAUGAAACGCAUGUCAAAGAACUUCCCACAUGGUGGUGCUAUGGACACGCAUUUUGCAAACAUGAGAUCCCUUAUUCAGAUCUUGGAUUGCGAGAUGUUUGAGCUGAUGCAUCAGAAUGGGGACUACACUCACUUCUACUUCUGCUAUCGAUGGUUCUUACUCGACUUCAAGAGAGAGCUGGUGUACGACGAUACAUUUGCUGUGUGGGAGACCAUCUGGGCAGCCAAGCACUGUGCAUCGGGUCAGAUGGUACUAUUUAUUGCCCUAGCUCUGGUGGAAUAUUACAGGGAUAUCAUCCUGGAUAAUAACAUGGACUUCACCGAUAUCAUCAAGUUUUUCAAUGAAAUGGCGGAGCAUCACGAUGCCAAAGCUGUGCUGAAGAUAGCGAGGGAGCUUGUAUACCGAGUUCAGAGCCUCAUAGAGAACCAGUGAACCCAGCUCGACGAUUCCAGUUUUUCCUCCUACCAUGGUCAGCUUAAGCUCUGCCUGGGUCAUGGAUAGUAGUACUUAACAAGAGCAGCACUAGGAACCGUAGCAGUGACAGCAGCAACAGUAGCAGUAGUUGCCUGUAGACCUGAUGGCCUAGGGUUCGAACCAACAUUCUGCUUUUUGUGUCUCAGUGUCCUUUCCAAACAACCAAAUACUUGUCCAGACAUCCAUUUAUUUUUGUCUGUGUUUUUAUCUGUGCUAUUGUGGAACGCAUGUGAGGCAGCAUCGGAGUUGAAAUAUUUGCGUUAUGUGUCACCAUUUGUUGUGUCUGGCCCAAGCCCUGUGAAAAUCGCAUGCUUUUGUGUGUUGUGUUUUUUAUUUUUUCAUAGAAGAAAUGAAGGAGGGUAUGAAAAGGAAAACUAAAAUGUGAGAAAAUCUGUCUAAGUUCCAUUCAGUUGCAUUGUAAAGGUAAUCAUUUGAAAUGAUGCAUGAGAAAUUUGUUAUUAGUAUUAUUUUGAAAAAAAUGUCUCAUUUUUUAUUGCAGUCUUGUGUUGGUGAUCAAAUGAUCCAGCUUAAUAGAUUGUGUUUUCACUUCAUUAAGUUGUUCAAAAGUUAUGAAUGACUUUUUAAAAUGGCUGGACCAUGAACUUGUUUUCUAAAUCAGAUUCUUAAUACCUCGGUCACAUUUGCUCUGUGGCGGCCGUACGGCAAGUCGAAAACAGCCGUUUUAACAUUUUUCUACCAUAGCUACAUAUAGGUGGUAUGAAUAAUUAUGAAUAAAACGGCUGUUUUCGACUCGCCGUACGGCCGCCGUAGAGCAAGUGUGACUGAGGUAUAAGUCAUUUUCAUUCACAUGAGUCAAAGAUGAAAUAGGAUUCAAAUUUUUGUUGUUUUAGCCAAAUUUAAGUAGUUGCAGUAAUUAAUAAUUUCAAGAGAAAGUCUUUGAAAUCAAGGUUUUAUUAUUACCACAUAGAUAUAGAUGUAGUAACUUUAGCUUUGUAAAGUAAUGAAAUAUUAGCUCAAAAAGAAAGCGCUCUGAAUGUCACCAACACAGAAAAGCAAGUGUGGGACUUGCUUAAAAAGACCCCUUUCACCCGGCAGAAAUGCCAUGAUCAUUUUCCUAAUUUUUCAGCAACUGCAUUUUCUACCAGAACCAUUGGGGGAUUUUUUUUUAGUUAUUAUUCUUACAGAUGCUCUAGUGGUCAUUUUAUUUGAUUUUGGGAAAACACAUGGCAUUUGGAAUUUCUGUUUAACCUAUAAAAAGAAAUCAGAUUGAAUGUUUAUUAUUUGUCAAUAUAUUUGAAGGGUUGUUUGAUAAUUAAGUUCCAAAUACGAACACCGGGGAGAAUAUAUCCAGUUAGCACAAGAUCAUGUUCCAGUUGUUUUUAAAAUCAUGCAUAACCUUCAAAUGGCUUUAUAGAACGUUGCAAAGGAUUGACAUAUUUUAUUCUAAAUAUAGAUUGUUUUGCAGCUUGUGAAGUGCUUGAGAUCAUGAGAUUAUGUAGACCUUAUAUUGAGCAUGAUAACUUCAUGAGUCUGAUUGCUUUAGGUUAGAAAAAUAAUUAUAUUUUAUGUUUGAAAUAAUUAUUUGAAGUUGUGAUUUUUUUUUUAAAUCACUCUUUAUUCAGUAAUUUAUUUUGACGAAGAAUAAUCUUUAUUCUCACGUUGAAUAAUUUGGUUGAAAGUAAGGGAUAUUUAACAAGUUAAAAGCAUUGUAUUCCAGAAAGUAAUUUUGCUUGUAUGUAAUUAUGGGUGUGUGCAAUAUAUAGAUAAAUCUUAUAAGAUACAGCAGUUAUUUAAUACUUUUAUUUAGUUUGGUUGUAUUAGCUAAUGGAAAAAUACACCUGAAACAUAAUAAUCAAUGUUUACCAAUACUUAUGAUUUAUAUUUUAGCAAAAUAUAUCAGUGAGUUAAUCCUUGGUUUAGACUCAUUGGCUAGCUUUGGAAGAAAAAAGACAGGACAAAGACGACAAGACAUUUAACAGUAACUUUCCUCAAUCAUAUAUCUCAGAUUAUAUCAUUCCAUUUUGUUGGCAGUACUAAGACAGUAUUCUCUCUUUUUUUGUGGGUUGAUGGUCAAAAAGACUUGAAUAUCAAGACCAUUUGAAACUCCACUUUGUUGGCAGUACUAAGAUCAUAUUCUCUAUUUAUAGGGAGGGGAUAGUGAAAAAGAUUGGUUUAUUAUGAAAUGAUGUUCAAAGAUCGAUCAUUUAUUAUUUGUGUCUUACACCAUUCCAUUGUACUUUGCUGUGCAUCCAUAAUCAGUGGUAGAAGACUACUCUUCCAAAAUACAAGGAGGAGCUUUUGAAACAUAUUGGAAAGGACGUGGUUGGAUGAUCCAGUGUAGUGUUUCAUGGAGAUCAAGUCAUGUUAACGGACUAAUUUGCUCUUAGCCAGUCAGAUGCUCCUUUUUGCAGUAGCUUAUCACAAUAGUCAGUAGAAAUGGCUAAAUUCGUUUCAUGAAUUGCUCCUGAGAUGACAAUUAAGAGUUGGCUCAGUUGGUAUUAAAAGUAUCUGUCGAUUCAAAGAAAGUGGGUUUGAAGUCACCCCAGGCAGAUAACAGAAGCCUGCAUUGUGUGGAAACAUGCCCCACCCCUGUUUCAUAGACCCAGGUCAUGAUACUGUCCCUUGGAUAGGACAUUAAAAAGGAGGCCCUGUGCAGAGAAGAGUCACCACCCUUGCACAUUAAGAUCCCUUUAAGCUACAGAGCGUUUCCAGAAGCAGACAUUUUGGAGGACAAACGAUAAUCAUUUGUGCAUCAAACAGUGAUGAAUCAUUGUUUUUAUGGUCUAAUGCACAGGGUUCCCAUGGUUUUGCCCACCACUGUAACGUCAUUUGAGAACACCAUGGACCUAUUACAAAUGGACAUUCAAUGAGAGCAUUUUAUGGCCACCACCUGUUUCCAGCUGUCAAAAUUGCUGUCACACACAGUUAACUCUCUCUUUGCGCUUUUUUACGACGGGCGCCCUAGGCGAUUGUUUACUCAAUCCCUUCUCGGACCAUGACAGUCACCGCUCGAUCUCUGGCCCUCUUUCGACCAGAUGCGGUCAUGUAAGCUCGAUUGCUGCGAUGAGGGAAAGUCCCUGCAUUACCAAUAAUGCAAUGCGCAAUUUAUUUUCGGUUUUCAAUACAUUAUUUCACGCUGUCAAUAUUAUGCAAUUGUCGUCUGAUCAUC